AUGACAAAGAAGGACACCAGGGGGAGUCUGAUGGUCUUCAUCCAGAUGAAGGUUUCAGAUGCCAAAGAGCUUUUACAGCAAGGGCAUGUAAAAGUUGGCUGGAUCAGAUGCCGAAUUCGGGAAAAAGUGCGUGCGGUUCGCUGUUUCCGCUGUUUCGACUACGGUCACACGGCAGCCGAAUGUAAAGGUGCGGAACGAAGCAAAUUGUGCUGGAAGUGUGGCACAGAAAACCACCAAGCAAAGAGCUGCAGAAAAGACCCAAAAUGCGUUCUUUGUACAGAAAGAGGAGGUAACUGCACUGUAGAUCACAUAAUUGGUUCUGCCAAGUGUGUGGUCUACAGAGAGGCUGACCGAAAGUGCAACCAGUCGAGGCGAUGA